AUGUUUCCAUUUAAAUGGAUACUUUUUCAUUCAACUCCGCUAGAAGGUUUAUUAGAAAAUACGUUACAAAAUUUAGAUAUAUUGGUCGACAGUGAUGUCACUCUCUGUUAUUUCCAAAAUACUGAAGCAACAUUAACGAAAAUUUUUAAGUAUCAUCAUUCAUUACCACUUCAGAGAGAAAAUGCAGGUUUGUGGACCAAAGACCGCUUGGAUGAUUUUGGUAUAGAAAAAAAAACUGCAAAAAGAAGAAAUGAUUUAAAAGGAAUUACUCUCAAUGUGUGUAUAGUGGUUACCCACAAUGAAACUUUCAAACAUUUAACUGACAGGAGGGAUAAACAUGUGGACUCCAUUACUAAAGUUAACUAUUUUUUAUUGGAACAUGUAGCAGAUUUUGUAAAUGUAAAACUAAAUUUAACCUUUGAGGAUACAUGGGGCUACAAAGUUAAUAAUUCUGAUUAUUCUGGAAUGAUGGGCCACCUUUUAAGAAAGGAAGUCGAUAUUGGAGGAACGCCGUUAUUCAUAUUAGAAGAAAGAAUCGAUUUAUUGGAUUAUAUUGCUAUGCCAACAGCAACAUACUCCAGGUUUAUAUUUAGAGAACCGAAAUUAUCAUAUGUUACCAAUGUUUUUACUCUACCCUUUAACAGACAAGUAUGGGCUUCAACAAUUGCAUUAGUAACUAUAACUGGUCUAGUGCUAUACUUUAUCAUGAAAUGGGAGUAUAAAAGCAAGUGUAGUCUUUGUCACGAGGACCAAUUAUCACCCAAUAACGAGGUAUCUAUAACUGAAGUAGCUCUUCUUUCUUAUGGAGCGUUUUGUCAGCAAGCAUCAAGUAUUAUACCAACUAGUAUACCUGGACGAAUUACCACGAUAAUUUUGUUUAUCUCUUUAAUGUUUCUGUACACAUCUUAUGCAGCCAACAUCGUUGCUUUGCUACAGUCAUCGUCAUCAAAUAUACAGACCUUGAAAGAUCUGCUGGAUUCAAGGCUGGGAGUGGGAGUAGAUGAUAAUGUGUAUAACAGGUUUUAUUUUGCUGCUUAUCAGGAGCCAAUCCAUAAGGCCUUAUAUUUGAAGAAGGUGGCUCCUCCCGGUAUGAAAAAUCAGUUCAUGCCACUUAAAGAAGGAAUUGCCAAUAUUCGAAAAGGUUUAUUUGCUUUUCACACAGAAACUGGGCCAGGCUAUAAGUUAAUUGAAGAGACAUUUGAAGAGAGCGAAAAAUGUGGUUUAAAAGAAAUUAAGUACUUGGAAGUAAUAGACCCAUGGUUGGCCAUUCAGAAGAAUUCUUCAUACAAGAAAUUACUUCAGAUGUGCUAUAGAAAACUACUUGAAACUGGCAUACAGAAAAGGGAAGUAAGUUUAAUUUACACUAAGAGACCAGUCUGCAUUUCCAGAGGUUCAAGUUUCAUUAGUGUUAGUUUAGUAGAUUGUUAUUCAGCUAUAGUCGUACUAGCCGGAGGUAUUGUUGCUUCAGUUAUAAUUUGGAUUCUCGAAGUGUUAUCACACAAAAGGAUUUUCAUCAGAUGUAAAGCAGCUAUAUUUAUUAAAAAACUACAUCUUCGCCGCAUGCUGCAGUCACAACUAAAGUAG